GUCAUUUCGGGCAGUGCUUGGACCGAAUAUUAGGCACCGCGCGAGUUUCUUUCUCUUCCUCUUCUCCAAAACCCUAGCAGUCGGCGGUCGCUUCGCUCUGCGCGCUCUCUUCCCCGGCGGCGCCUCCUCUGUGGCAUAAAAUGGUGAGGGUUAGCGUUCUGAAUGACGCUCUUAAGAGCAUGUACAACGCCGAGAAGAGGGGAAAGAGGCAGGUCAUGAUCAGGCCUUCGUCGAAGGUGAUUAUCAAGUUUCUUCUGGUGAUGCAGAAGCACGGUUACAUUGGCGAGUUUGAGUAUGUGGACGAUCACAGGGCUGGGAAAAUCGUGGUUGAGCUGAACGGGAGGCUCAACAAAUGUGGAGUUAUUAGUCCUCGCUUCGAUGUAGGUGUCAAGGAGAUUGAGGGAUGGACUGCUAGGUUGCUUCCGUCCAGACAGUUCGGUUACAUCGUACUGACUACCUCUGCUGGCAUCAUGGACCAUGAAGAGGCUCGGAGAAAGAACGUCGGAGGCAAAGUUCUCGGUUUCUUUUACUAGGCGCGGGGGUUUCAGAUACUGGGUUGAAAUGUCCUUUUACUUGUGAUGAUUUCCUUAUGGUGUAAUUUUCGAACUCAUUGGCAAUAGGAGUAGAGGCUCUUUCGUUCUAUUUUUGGAUUUUCUUUGUGAUGGAGAGCUCGGUCGGCUAAAUUCUUUUCAUCCGUAGUUUUUAUUUACGGCCUCAUGAUGACUUCAAGGUAUUCUAUGAUUAUCAAUGGAUGGGAUUACCGGUUUUGUAUC